AGUGCUGUUACAGGAAAGCGAGAGGCCACUGUGCUCCAGUUACUUCACGAUUUUUAUGUCAACAUGGGCGCUUGUCUGGCCUUAUGCUCGUUAGCCAGCUGUGCCUCCUGUCUGUGUGGCUCAGCACCAUGCCUCCUGUGUGGCUGCUGUCCCUCCUCCAACAACUCCACUGUCACCCGGCUGGUCUUCUCCUUCUUUUUGCUGCUGGGGACCAUGGUGUCUGUCAUCAUGAUCCUUCCUGGAAUGGAGGCACAGCUCCGUAAAAUCCCGGGAUUUUGCCAGGGAGGAACUACUAUACCUGGUGUCGAGAACCACAUUAACUGCGACGUCAUUGUCGGCUACAAGUCUGUGUACCGUAUGUGCUUCGCCAUGACCUGCUUCUUCUUUCUGUUCUUCGCAAUCAUGAUUGGUGUCCGUAGCAGCAAAGACCCACGUGCAGCAGUUCAGAAUGGGUUCUGGUUCUUUAAGUUUCUGAUCCUGAUUGGGAUAACAGUGGGAGCUUUUUUCAUCCCCGACGGGACAUUUCAUACCGUGUGGUUUUACUUUGGAGUCGUGGGAUCCUUCAUCUUCAUUCUAAUUCAACUUAUUCUUCUCAUCGACUUUGCCCACUCCUGGAACAAGGUGUGGGUAGAAAAUGCUGAAAGUAGUAACAACAAAUGCUGGUUUGCAGGUCUGCUGUCUUUCACCCUCCUCCACUAUGCACUGGCUAUCACUGCUGUGGUGCUUUUCUACGUUUACUAUACACUACCUGACGACUGCACAGAGCACAAAGUCUUCAUCAGCCUCAACCUUAUCUUCUGCAUUAUUAUCUCCAUCGUCUCCAUCCUUCCUAAGAUACAGGAAGCCCAGCCACACUCUGGUUUGCUCCAGGCUUCCCUCAUCUCUCUCUACACCAUGUAUGUCACUUGGUCUGCAAUGACCAACAAUCCAAAUCGCAAGUGUAACCCCAGCCUGCUGAGUCUCGUGGCAAACGUCAGCACCGCUGAGUCACCUGGUGACAACAACCCAGGAGUGGUGCAGUGGUGGGAUGCUCAGGGCAUUGUUGGUUUGAUCAUCUUCCUCUUCUGCACUCUUUAUGCCAGUAUCCGUUCAUCCACUAACACCCAGGUAAACAAGCUGAUGCAGAGAGGGUCAGGGGGAGAGGGUGUAGUGGGAGAGGAUGGCAUUCGCAGGGCCGUGGACGAUGAGGAGGAGUCAGUCUCUUACAACUACUCCUUUUUCCACUUCCACCUCUGUCUGGCCUCUCUGUACAUCAUGAUGACUCUAACCAACUGGUACCAACCAGACACCACCUCCCAGGCCAUGCAGAGCACUAUGCCAGCUGUGUGGGUGAAGAUGAGCUCCAGCUGGCUGGGCCUUGGGCUCUACCUCUGGACCCUCAUUGCCCCUCUCAUCUUCCCUGACAGGGACUUCAACUGAGCACGCCCUGUCUUUCAGCCGUUUGUUUUGUUUUUUUGCCUAGUGUAUUACGGCUUGACUCCACCAGGCACAGCCUUGUCGCCCCACCAGAGCUCAUCGCAUCGUGGCCAUUCUAGACAAUUCUGGUGAUUCAGCCAGAAGCGCCGCAGCACGUUUCAGAAGCAUCCCAGAAGCUGCUCUUCCGCUCUCCUCCUCUAAAAAUGCAUGCCCCAUCUAUUUUUGACGGAAGCUGCGUCAAGCUGCGCAGAGCAGAUCGAGCUGCACAGGAAGUCAGACACCGCAACGGCAUAGAGAAUCCAGUCCACUUUUCAAGUGACUGGAUGUGCAGACUCCUGAUCGAAUAUCAACAAUAAACGCAAUUACAACAGACAAAAAAUGAAAGCAUUUAACUAUGUGGCCUGUUUACCUGUGGUAGAAGCACAAACAUCAAGGAAAAAAUACCAGAUCAUUAAAAUCUGAGCAAGUCAACAAAAUCAGCAGGCAAAACGCUUCUGAAACACUCCCGGUGGGGAAUGAAGCCGUGCAGAGGAUGGAACAAAACUGCUCGCAGCCGGAACGUGACCCAGCCGUGCCCGGUGGAAUCAAGCUGUUAGGCAGUAUAAGGGAUGCUAUAGAGGAAAUAGACAGGGUAUUAUGAAGGAAAUACAUUUGAUUUCUUUUUAUUCCUUUUUUUUAAUUAAUUGCUUCUGCUGUUUUUGUGUUUCUGUUGUCUUACUCCUCUCAGUAUGAUUAUUUAUUCUGAUAAUCACUACAGAUAUUUCAAAGUGGAUUUUUUUUAGUUAGCCUGAUUGAUGAUGGUUUUGGCGACCUGAAGUUCUUUGCCAAAGAAUCAUCUUAAAAGGCAACUCCCUACCUUCCGCCUGACGCGGCUGUGAUAUGACUAUAUAAGCUCCAUUAUCGUUCUGCUGAAUUUAAGUAACUGGACUAUCAGAAAGCAACAAGGCACUUUCUCAAUACCUCAGACAUUUCAGUUACAGAUCCCCCUUUAAAGGCCUGCAACGUCAGACCUCUCUGAUUGGCCAGGUCUGGAAUCCCCCUGAUUAGCUGGGCUGUUUUGGUGCAGGGGGCAACGAGGAGAUCCCUCCUUAGGAGCCCCAGAGUGAGGUGAGUGUGAGAGUUAGAUAAGACUAAUAUGACACACCCAACAGAUCCUAACAGGGCUUCCCUUUUGCUGCUCGGCUGUAUGCAAAUCCACAUGAUUACACCUUGAGCCAGAGAGUCCGAAUAGACCACCAGUCUAAUCUCAGCUCUUCCUCGUCUAUUCCAACCUAUGGUAAUUUAUCUCUGGUGCUAUGCCUCUCCAUGUCUGACUGUGUUUGGCCUCGUACAGCCACGGGCAACAAUCUACCUGUAUAGCAGUCUGUUUGCAGCAGGGAGACAGACAUGUAUUGAUCCAUAGCAGUCAACAUCACGCGAUGUGCAGCAGUAGGCUUCAGGAGGUGACAGCCGUGAACUCCACACUACCUGUGCUCUCACAAAUGCCAUUAUUUCCAGAAGGUUUCAGAGCGUGUUACUGAGUCAAGAAGAAAAGGAUUUUUAAUUGUUACAGUGUACAAAACAAUAAUGACGCAUGUUGGUACUGAUAAAUUGCUGUUAAAUGGUCUUGACUUUCAUAGUAUGUUGAUGGUUGUAAUGGUGGUACAGUAAUUUUAUGCAUUAUAUAGUAUUUACCUCAAUUUCAAUCUUAAUGCCAUGAGUUCCAGUAAGGCCAGAAUAUUUUGUACCUGUGAAUAAUUGUUUUUGGAACUUCUUGUAAAUGUUCUUUGUUUUUGUUAUUUUCGAACAUUUCACCGCCCACACGUAUGAAUCACAUUUCUCUGGAGAAACACACGAGUAUUGUGAAUGAAGUUUUUCAAAAGUGUUGUGAUAAAUGGGAAUCUUUUUUUUUAUAUAUUAACUUUAUCAAACAUGUCAGAUGUGUUGUACAAGUUACCAUUAUCGCCCUAUUAAGGAGAUUGUUAAUGCUGAAUUGCCAUUAACAUGUAAUAUUUGAAAACACGAUUAAGUGCCUUUUUGUAGCCCUGCGUUUCAAAACGAAUUUAUCACUAAUGCUGACGUGCGCUUUUUAUGCCUUGCCUUACAUUGUGCUCACUGCAUGUCACAAGGCAUAGACCUCUGACAGGCAUUAACAUUGUAUUUCAUGUAUAGACACUGUUUUUAAUAAAUACGAAAGUCUCU